AUGGGCACCCCUAAUGUACCCGAGAAUGGAUACAUGGGCACCCCUGAUGUACCUGAGAAUGGAUACAUUGGCACCCCUAAUGUACCUGAGAAUGGAUACAUGGGCACCCCUGAUGUACCUGAGAAUGGAUACAUUGGCACCCCUAAUGUACCUGAGAAUGGAUACAUUGGCACCCCUGAUGUACCCGAGAAUGGAUACAUUGGCACCCCUAAUGUACCUGAGAAUGGAUACAUUGGCACCCCUGAUGUACCUGAGAAUGGAUACAUUGGCACCCCUGAUGUACCUGAGAAUGGACACAUUGGCACCCCUGAUGUACCAGAGAAUGGAUACAUUGGCACCCCUAAUGUACCAGAGAAUGGAUACAUUGGCACCCCUGAUGUACCUGAGAAUGGACACAUUGGCACCCCUAAUGUACCAGAGAAUGGAUACAUUGGCACCCCUAAUGUACCCGAGAAUGGAUACAUUGGCACCCCUAAUGUACCUGAGAAUGGAUACAUUGGCACCCCUGAUGUACCUGAGAAUGGACACAUUGGCACCCCUAAUGUACCAGAGAAUGGAUACAUUGGCACCCCUAAUGUACCCGAGAAUGGAUACAUUGGCACCCCUAAUGUACCUGAGAAUGGAUACAUUGGCACCCCUAAUGUACCUGAGAAUGGAUACAUUGGCACCCCUAAUGUACCUGAGAAUGGAUACAUUGGCACCCCUAAUGUACCUGAGAAUGGAUACAUUGGCACCCCUGAUGUACCUGAGAAUGGACACAUUGGCACCCCUAAUGUACCAGAGAAUGGAUACAUUGGCACCCCUAAUGUACCCGAGAAUGGAUACAUUGGCACCCCUAAUGUACCUGAGAAUGGAUACAUUGGCACCCCUGAUGUACCUGAGAAUGGAUACAUGGGCAAAACAGGAAGAAGCCAACAGCUGGAGGCCUGUGGACAUCACCUCAAGUUGGAGAUAGGUUGA